CCACCCGGAGCACACGAGAGGCAGGCGCUGUGGCCGUUCAUCUCCGUCAAGCCCGUGAUUAUCAUGAUGAGCGAGACGGAAGGAUCACCGUCAAAAGCAGGACGGGAGGACCUGCCUCAGGAGUGGAACAGAAGGACGUUCCUAAGGAGCGGGACGAACAGAUAUCCGUCAGCAGCAGGACAGAAGGAACUCCGUCAGGAGUUUAACAGAAGGACCUCCGAGGGCAGCGGGGAGGACGGAUCUCCGUCAGCAGCAGGACAGAAGGAACUCCGUCAGGAGUUUAACAGAAGGACCUCCGAGGGCAGCGGGGAGGACGGAUCUCCGUCAGCAGCAGGACAGAAGGACCUCCGUCAGGAGAGGAACAGAAGGACCUCCCAGGGCAGCGGGGAGGACGGAUCUCCGUCAGCAGCGGGGCAGAAGGACCUCCCACAGGAGCAAGACUUAGACGCCAUGAAAGAUAUUCUACCGGAGUCUUCGUCGGAAGAUGGAAGUUGUUUCGACUCGUCAUCCAGCGAUACAGAUGACACCGAUGUUGAUGUAGAUACCGUCAACGAUGAUCCAAAGGUGGCCGUACCCAGCGCUGCUCUCGCCUGCACCUCACACAGUGGCACUGAUGGCACCAAGGACACUGCUACUGAACCCAAGGAGGCAGUACCCGCUACAACCCACACCAGUCCCAAAAAAGUUCUCAAAGCAAUGCAAACUUAG